GAAAUAUCCGUUGCACCAGCUGGCGUCGAGAUAAACCGCUAUUAGUUGACUUUCUGGCUGUCAGACAUUAUGGAUGAAGAACCAGAAAGAGCCAAGCGCUGGGAGGGGGGCUAUGAGAGGACAUGGGAGGUGCUGAAGGAGGACGAGUCUGGCUCACUUAAAGCCACCGUAGAAGAGAUCCUGUUCCAGUCCAAAAGGAAAAGGGUGAUAGAGAGCCAUGGUCAAGUCAGGCUUGGAAUGAUGCGUCACCUCCAUGUGGUGAUUGACUGUUCAAGAACUAUGGAGGACCAGGACUUGAAACCAAACCGCCUCACCUCGACUCUGAAGCUGAUGGAGUCUUUUGUUGACGAGUAUUUUGACCAAAACCCCAUCAGUCAGCUGGGCAUCAUCAUCACCAAGAAUAAAAGGGCUGAGAAGCUUACUGACCUGGCAGGAAAUCCAAAGAAGCACCUUGCCGCUCUGAAGAAAGCCGUGGACACUGUGUGUGUAGGAGAGCCGUCUCUGUAUAACUCUCUAAGCCUGGCCGUACAGACGCUCAAGCACAUGCCGGGACACACGAGCCGGGAGAUCCUCAUCAUCCUCAGCAGCCUCACGACAUGUGACCCGUCCAGCAUCUGUGAGCUCAUCAAGACUCUGAAGUCUCUGAAGGUGCGGGUAUCAGUGAUCGGCCUGUCAGCGGAGGUCAGGGUGUGCACGGUACUGACCAGGGAGACGGGCGGCUUGUACCAUGUUAUCCUUGACGAGAGUCACUUCAAAGAGCUGCUGAUGCUGCAUGUCAAACCUCCUCCAGCCAGCUCCUCGUCUGAAUGCUCUUUAAUACGCAUGGGUUUUCCUCAGCACACCGUGUCCUCUCUGAGUGACCAGGACGCCAAGCCGUCAUUCAGCAUGUCUCACCUGGACAGCAGCAGCAGCGCCGGUCUGACUCUGGGAGGAUACUUCUGUCCACAGUGCCACGCCAAGUACACCGAGCUUCCUGUGGAGUGCAAAGUCUGUGGUUUGACUCUGGUGUCGGCGCCCCAUCUCGCCAGAUCCUUCCACCACCUCUUCCCCCUCCAGGCCUUCAUAGAGAGUCCUGUGGAGGAGCUCCAAAAAGACAGGUUCUGUCAGGCUUGUCAAGGGGAGCUGAAAGAUAAAAGUAUGUUCACCUGUCCAUCCUGUGGCAGUGCGUUCUGCGUGGACUGUGAUCUCUUCAUCCACGACUCUCUGCACUGCUGUCCCUGCUGCAUUCACAAUCGGAGCGCCUCCUGAAGCUCAGAGGCUAACUGUCAGACGAAGACUGAAACACUGUCUGUCUUAUCAGUGCUGUCUGUCUCUGAUGGAGUGGAUAUGAUGGAAGCAGGUUGUUUAUGGACCACGCCAAUGGUUACAUUACAAACAUUCUUGAAGAUUGGCACAAAAGUGGACGUUUUGGCUGAUCCAUAUAACUUAAAGGUGGAAGCAGCUUCUUUUAAAGACAGCUCUGAGUCGGGCCAAAGCUCCUGUCUGCUCUGUGAACUGCAUCUUAGCUGCUACUCUCUUCCUGUUGUUAAUCAGCACACCAUUUCAUACAGAAUAUGUCAGGAAUGGUUUGUGUGUAUUGUUUGUACACUGUUUUGUACUAAAUUUCUGUUUGUGACACCUCAUUUACAAUAAAACAGAUUUAUUUUGUACUUGA